CUCUCUUUAGGAAAUGAGAUUCACCCCUGACGUAGAGAAAUCGCGCCACCCAGCGUUUGUUAGAAGUUAACGCCCGGAAGCUGUAGCUGGCAGUUACGAAAACAUAAACACGACAAAGUAGCGGAGCAAAGCACAUGAUAAGUCUGCGAUCCGCCGUUAAAUAAGAAGAAGGAGAGGAAGCAAAGCACACGUGCUCUCCUCAACUUUGAAAAUUUGCAACAUCGCUUAAUUGACGCGCUCAAAGAAACUAAUGUCUGUGUUGUUGUCAGUGCUGGUCGGUGUGCUUGCUGCAUACGUACUUAUUUAUUACAGCCUGUUUAAAGGAGCCAGAUUUAAGAGCAACCUGACGUUAAAGGGGAAAACAGCAAUUGUUACAGGGAGUAAUACUGGCAUUGGCAAAACAACAGCCUUGGAUCUGGCCAAGAGAGGGGCUCGAGUGAUCCUCGCCUGCCGAAACAAACAGAAAGCUGAAGCUGCAGUUUAUGACAUACGAAAGGAAAGUGGGAACCCUGAGGUGCUGUACAUGCAUCUGGACCUGGCCAGUUUGACGUCCGUGCGUGGUUUUGCAGAGACUUUUAUGAAGAGUGAACCGAGACUCGACUUGCUCAUUAACAAUGCAGGUCUUAUAGCAUUAGGCAGAACUGAAGAUGGCUUUGGCAUGGCGUUCGGCGUCAACCACCUGGGCCACUUUUUGCUGACGCUGUUGCUGUUGGAUCGUUUAAAGCAGACAGAGCACAGCCGCGUCGUCAACGUGUCCGCCCUGCUGCAUCGACUGGGGUCUGUGGAUUUUAACCUCCUCAACACUCACAAGGAUCUGGUCACAGGUCAGUCAUCCUGGCACGCGUUCAGAGCCUACUGCCACAGCAAACUGUGCAAUGUGCUCUUUACCCGUGAGCUCGCAAACCGACUGGAGGGGACGAGUGUCACUUGCUAUUGCCUGCAUCCAGGUGUAAUAGCCACUGAGAUCGGUCGGAAUAUGGGUGUGCUGCAGAAGCUGCUUUCCCUGCCCAUGUCCAAGCUGUUUUUUCUGGACCCAGAGGAAGGUGCGCAGACCACGCUUUACUGUGCUUUGCAGGAGGGGCUCGAGCCUCUGAGUGGACGGUAUUUCUCUUCCUGUGCCUUGCAGAAUGUUAGCGCUCACGGACGGGAUGAUGCCUUGGCCAAGAAGCUUUGGGAAUUGAGCGAGAGGCUGUGUGGUCAGUGUCCAGAUACAAACCAAAGGGCUUUAUUAUUUUCCAGAGAGCAACAUUGCACCUGAGACAGGCCAUUUCCCUUCGAGCAUUGGCAGUGGAGGGGAGGAGGGUAUCAGAAAGAGGAGAAGACCACCAUCAAGUGCACAAAGGAGCCUCCAAGUGAACUUAAGAGUCAGAAGAGUUUUUUUUGUAUUUUUGGAGAAAGUCAGAUGGUACCCUGUUUGACAAUAUUUUAAGAAAACGCUGAUGUCUAUUUGGGAUAAGAUUGGAAGAGUUUUCAUUUAAAGGGAAUUUAAUUAAAAAGCUGGAAAGCACCAAAAAGUGCUGGAAUAAGUAGGACGAUAUGAAACCGCCAGCAAAUGGAUUCCUCAAACCCACUCGAGGGAAACCACACAAGCCACUUAGCAAACGAAUAACUUUGGUUCUGUUUUCACUUUCACAUCACAACUGAAUGUAUUAUUUAACGCACGUACUUUGAUGUAUUUUUUUUCUCUCCGCUUGUUUUGCGUCAGCUGUUGUGGCGCUGGCAGAGAUUGCCUUGUUAAAGAUUAAUAAGACCAGUGGCGUGUGAUUGUUUUAAGGUUAGAAGCGGCAGUCAUUCGCUCUGUUAAUGCCGUAUGUGUGUGUGUGUGUGUGUGCAGGUGCGGGUGCGUGUGAGCCGGGAUAUUGAUCGCCUGUGUGUCUGCUCAAAGAACGUUUGCUCAGUCAAGCAGUGAGAGGCAGAAAAAAGUGAGGUAGAGGAGAGAAAGCACGACUAGUUUGGCUGACCUCGGCCCACAAUCCAAC